AUGGCUGCCGCAGGUUCCAACAAUGCGAUGGUGCUGCGCGAACAGAGGACGAUCUUCCCGUCUGGUUUUGUUCGCCGCGGUCCGGCUCUACCCUCGCACGCGCUGGAAUUGCGUUCUGGACUCGCGCCGAACGAUGCCGCUGGACUGGAAGCCAAGUUGACGGACAUUGUCACGCCCGGAAGCGCGAACUUCCGUCAGUGGCUUUCCAAUGAGGAGGUCAAGACUUACAUGGCGCUGUCUGCGGCGACCUUGGCGGCUUUCAACGCCUUUGCGUCUACCCAUGGCCUGAACGCAACGAAGGUCUCACCUUACGGAGAGUGGAUCAUUGCCACGGUCCCCGUGGCCAAGGCCAACGAGCUGUUCGAUGCCAACUUUGAGCUGUUCUCGCACCCCGACCUCGACGGCAAGAUCGCGCGCACGAUGUCUGUCUCCCUCCCGAGCGAGAUGGUGGGCGUCAUGAACGUGAUUCAUCCCUCGACGGCCAUCGCCCCGCCCCCCUCCAAAAUUGACCCGCCGCUGAUCCAGAUCCCAAUGUCCACGCUGAAACGUGACGUUGCAGCAUCUUGCAACACGACGGACCCGAGUGGAAUCACCACGCCGACUUGCAUGCAAGAGUUGUAUGCCAUCCCGGCUACCCCGGCCACUCAGCCCAAUGGCACGAUUUUUGUGACGGCGUAUGGAUUCGAAUUUGCGCAGAAGGCCGACUUGCAGUUGUUUUUGCAACAAUUGCGCCCGGACAUGUCGUCGUCCACGACCUAUGGUGUUGAGACCAUCAAUGGAGGCCUUGAUGCGCAAGGAGAUGGCUUCGGUGGUGUGGAAGCCAGCCUGGACAUGCAAUACACCGUUGGUGUGGCUACUGAUGUGCCGACCACUUACUUCGGGAAUGGAGACUUGGACGACAUCUUCAGUGCUUUUCUCGAAACGGCGACCUACCUGCAAAACAUCACCAGCCCCUCCCUCGGUGAUAACUACAUCGUACGGAGUGGACGAAUCCACCGCGGAUCCUGCUCUUGCCCAGGUGGAGUACGUGGUGGUCACGACGAUUCGAGUGUCUGCAACGACGCGGCUCUUGCCCCGACAUUCCCCUCGGGCUGUCCGUUCCUGACCUCUGUCGGGGCAACGCAGGGUAUUCCCGAGAAAGCCAUCAACUUCACGAGCGGCGGCUUCUCCAACCUCUUCUCGGCACCAGCCUACCAGACCGCCCAGAUCGUCUCUUUCCUCAAGACGGUCCCGUCUGACUUCAACGCCACGCUCAACCUCACCGGGCGUGGGUUCCCCGACGUCUCAACCCAGGGCUGGAACUUCCAAGUUAUCGUCAACCGUCUCCCCAGUUUGGUGGGUGGCACAAGCGCCGCAUCACCCACGUUUGCGUCCAUCAUCGCGCUCAUCAACGACCGUCUUAUCGCUGCGGGAAAGCCCGUGCUCGGAUUCCUGAAUCCGUUCCUAUACGCCAAUCCGGACGCGUUCAACGAUAUCACCGUCGUCCACAACUCUGGUUUCGUGUGCCCCGAGUCCGGCGUCAGUUUCGAUGCAACGACGAGCUGGGAUCCCCUCACGGGACUAGGAACCCCCAAUUUCACGAGCCUCCUUGCGGCGGCCAUGGCAUGA